AUGGACAAAUCAAAUUAUUCAGGAGUAGCUGAGUUUAUAUUGUUGGGGUUUUCUGGGUCCUCAGAGCUCCAAAUUUUCUACUUUCUGUUUUUUACCUUGUUCUAUGUGGCUAUUUUACUGGGUAAUUUCUUCAUUGUUCUCACAGUGAUCUCUGAACCUGUCCUGCACACUCCCAUGUACUUCCUGCUAAGUAACCUGUCCUUUAUUGAUGUAUGCCUAUCUACUUUUGCCACACCCAAAAUGAUUACAGACUUCCUUUUGGAACACAAGAGCAUCUCCUUCAAUGGUUGCAUGACACAGAUAUUCUUUCUCCAUGUCUUUGCUGGUGGUGAAAUGGUGCUUCUUGUGGCCAUGUCAUAUGACAGAUAUGUGGCUAUUUGCAAACCUCUACAUUAUGCAACCAUUAUGAGUUUGCAGAAAUGUGCAGGAUUAGUUGUGGCUUCAUGGGUCAUUGGACUCCUGCAUUCCUUGAGCCAGUUGGCCUUCACUGUGAACCUGCCCUUCUGUGGUCCCAAUGAAGUAGACAGUUUUUUCUGUGAUCUUCCCCUGGUCAUCAAACUUGCCUGUGUGGAUACAUAUAUCCUAGAGAUAAUGAUGCUCUCUGACAGUGGACUGAUGGCCGUGAUCUCCUUUAUACUGCUGCUAAUUUCCUAUACAGUCAUCUUGGUCACUGUGAAGUAUCACUCUUCAGCUAGCAUGGCUAAGGCACAGGCCACUUUAACAGCUCAUAUCACUGUUGUAACAUUGUUCUUUGGACCCUGCAUCUUUAUCUAUGCUUGGCCAUUCAGCAAUUUUCCCAUGGAUAAAGUCCUUUCUGUAUUUUACACUGUCUUUACCCCACUCUUAAACCCCAUUAUCUAUACCUUGAGAAACAAAGAGAUGAAAUCAGCAAUGCAGAAACUGAGAGGUCAGCUCCUGAAUUCCAGACAGCUUUCACAGUUCCUGGCAAUGAGGGCCCCUCAUAACUAG